AUGUUCAGCAACACCAUCGUCCCUAUCUCCACCACCAACACUGCCGUAAUCAGCAAAAAGGCAUUCAUUACAUCUCUCUUAUCUCUUCCAAACGAAAUCCUCCAUAUGAUUUUCGAAAUGCUCGACAUAGCAUCCCUUUUCGCGGUCUCUGAUACAUGCAAACUAUUCAACCUCUUAUCAUACGAAUAUAUCAUCCAAUCCUUCGAAUCACCCGAACUCACAUUAAGGCUUUCAUUCAACCAAGAAUACAAAUUGAAACCCCAAGUCGAAUUCCACUUUUCUCACGUUGACGAGUCCUCAAACAAUCUAGUCUUCAAACCGACGACUCAGAAACAAAUAAAAUUCUACAAUUCGGCAGUUGUACACAAGCCUACUUUAUAUAACGCCGCAUUGACAACCGAUAACAACGAGGUAUCCCGCUUGUCGAAAGAAAACUUUCUUCAAAAGGCAUCGCCACUUUCCAUCAAGAAUUAUGGAACUUUCAACGAAACACAUAAGAUCCAUCGAGAUAACCAUCCAUUAUCAUACACAUUCAAAUACACCGUAAGCACCACUCCAGAGAAUAUAGCGAGGACGAGAAGUGGAGAGAGAUGGGUAACACCCGAAGAAUUUUCGUGCCCUAUCGACUUCUUUUAUCCACAAGGAAAGAGCAUUUCCAAGAUAUUUACGAAACUCUUUGGCAAACAACGACAAAACAAGGCACCGACAAAGAAAUUGUCAAAGAGAAAGUGGAGGAAUAAUAAAGCCAUCGAAGCCAAGAAAUAUGAAGAGACAAAUCGAAGCGUACCAACACCUGUCAGUAACUAA